AUGUCCGUUCCGCAAUCGCUCAGAUCGUUUCUCAGCUCCAAGGCCUUCCACCGCACGUGGGCAGGCACGUUCCAAUGCAAGCCCCUGGCCGUGUUCCAGCCUAGCAAGGUGGGCGAGAUCCAGGAGAUGAUCCGCCAGGCCCGCGCGGCCAAGAAAACCAUCAUGACCGUGGGCCUGGGCCACUCGCCGCUGGACUUGACCAUGACCAACGAGUGGCUCUGCAACUUGGACAAGUACAACAAGGUGCUCAAAAAAGAGGAGUUCUACGGCCCAGCGACCGACGGGCUGGGCAAGAAAGAGGUCAAGUUCGUGGACUUGACCGUCGAGGCCGGCAUCCGCGUGUUCCAGUUGAACGAGUACCUCAAGGCCAACAGCUUGGCGAUCCAGAACUUGGGCUCCAUCAGCGACCAGUCAAUCGCAGGCCUCAUUUCCACCGGCACCCACGGCUCGUCGCAGUACCACGGGUUGGUGUCGCAGCAGGUGGUGGCCAUCACGAUCGCCAACAGCAAGGGCGACUUGGUGGAGUGCUCGUCCGUGCAAAACCCGGAGCUCUUCCGCGCGGCCUUGCUCUCGUUGGGCAAGAUCGGCAUCAUCACGCAUGUGACGUUGCGGACCGUGCCGCGCUACACCAUCAAGUCCAAGCAGGAGAUCAUCAAGUUCCUGACGCUCUUGGAGAAGUGGGACACGCUCUGGCUCGAGUCCGAGUUCAUCCGCAUCUGGUGGUUCCCGUACUCCCAGAACUGUGUGUUGUGGCGGGCGUCCAAGUCGGACGACCCCUUGAGCGACCCGCGCAGCUCGUGGUACGGCUCGCCGCUGGGCCGGUUCUUCUACCAGGCCUUGCUCUGGCUCUCGGUCAAAGUCAUGCCGCGCUUGACUCCUUGGAUCGAGAAGUUUGUGUUUGGCCAGCAGUACGGAAACGUCGAGACCUUGGGCAGCGGCGACAUCGCCGUGCAGAACUCCGUCGAGGGCUUGAACAUGGACUGCUUGUUCUCGCAGUUCGUCAACGAGUGGUCCGCGCCGCUCCAGAACGGCCGCGAGGUGUUGACACAGUUGAACGACAAGAUCCAGGCCGCCGCGGCCAAGGGCGAUUUCUUCGUGCAUGCGCCCAUCGAGGUGCGGUGCCUGAACGUGACCAACUCGGACCAGCCGUUUACGGACGAGGCCGGCAACCCCUCGUUGUACCCGUCGCAAGACUGGCUAGCCAAGAGGGACCGCUUGAGCGCCGGCCCCGUGCCCGGCAACAACUUCCGCCCGUUGUUGGACAACUCGCCCAUGCAGACGUACCAGCCAGACCCCUCCAAAAUCAGCACCGAGCAGUUGACCAUGUUCGUCAAUGCCACCAUGUAUCGCCCGUUUGGCUAUGAUGUCGAGACCCACCAAUGGUACCAGAUCUUCGAGAACAUCAUGAGCGAGGCCAAGGGCAAGCCGCACUGGGCCAAGAAUUUCAUUGGCUUGCACGGCCCGCACGAGUCGGACGCAGACUUGCAGACGCAGAUUGCGUUUGGCGGCAAGCCGUUCUACUCGAUGAUGGGCUUUGACCCGGUCAUGAAGGACUGGUUUGGCGACAACUUGAUCAAGUACAACAACGCGCGGAAGGAGAUGGAUCCAGAGGGCGUGUUCAUGAGCGGCAAGCCGUGGGCCGUUAGAAACGGCAUUUUGAUAGAGUAG